UCUAUGAUGUUUGUAUUGGCAAUGGGGAUCGUAACAUGCUCUGCCACAGCAUUACUUCAUACGUGUCUGACUGCCAGAAUUUUGGAGUUGUAAUCCAAAACUGGAGAACACAACAAUUCUGUCCCCUGUCAUGUCCUGCCAACAGCCACUAUGAAACCUGUGCUCAGAUUUGUGGAAAACCCUGUCCUGGUCUUACCGACAUCAUCACCUGCGAAACAGACACCUGCGCAGAAGCAUGCGCUUGCGACUCUGGUUUCUAUUUUAGCGGAACAAACUGCGUUAAUGCAAAUCAAUGCGGCUGUUACGAAAACGGAAUAUAUCAAAAUAUUGGCGAAACCAUUAUUUCAGACGACUGCAAUGAAAUUAGGACCUGCCUCGCCACCGGUGAAGUGAAGCACGAGGCGAUGGCCUGCAAGAGCAACGAGGUCUGUCAGGAUAGAAACGGCAUCCAUGGAUGUUACCCGAGUCAGUGUGUUUUGGGAGUCGGAGGUGUCUUCACCUUCUACAGCGGUGGAAUCGGCCAAAUCACGGCUGCAGGAGCCUAUGAGAUCGUGAGAGUGUGCAAUGGCAUUCUGCAGUUCGAAUGGUUCCGGGUGGUGGCGGAUGUACAGAUUUGUGCAACAGGUGGAACUCCCAUAACAGCAGCAGUGUAUGUUUUCUUUGAUGACCUUGUCAUUACUAUCAACAGCAAACAGGAGAUUUGGUUUAACGGCAUGAAGAUCAACAAACAUCACUACACUCUCCGGGAUGGUGUUCUUGUGAAGAUUGAGAAGGAUGUUGUCAUCAUUCAGAAGUUUGGGAUCACAGUGUCUUACAGCAUCAAACAAGAGCUGUCAGUGUCUGUGGGAAAAUACCUGUCAAACAGAAUAUGUGGGGCCUGUGGAGAACUCACUGCGAUCCCAAAAGGUGCCACUUUCCAGGCACAACUGGACACAUACAGAGCUCCCGACUUCCCCCGCUGCUACUGAAGUCCUUUGUCUCCAUUCAAGCAUACUACAAGAAUACAUAAGAAGAUACAAGGCACGCAUCAACU